CGCCCACCCCACAUCACGGUUCACCUCACCAGCUCACCACCACCGCCAUUGCGUUGCGCCACCCAUCCCUCGGCAGCCCUGCCCUGCUGCUACGCCUGCGGCCCCCCGAUCCGGCCGGCUCCGCCGAGGGUCGCCAUCCCAUCCCAUCCCAUCGCGCCGGGCGACGCGAUCUGCUGCUGCUCGGUGAGCCGAAGAUGGCGGCUUACGAGCCCAAGAACAUUCUUAUAACUGGCGCUGCUGGUUUCAUCGCAUCACAUGUGGCAAACCGCUUAGUCAGGAACUAUCCACACUACAAGAUUGUUGUCCUCGACAAGCUUGAUUACUGUUCCAGCCUGAAGAAUCUCAACCCUUCACGGCCAUCGCCAAAUUUGAAAUUUGUCAAGGGUGACAUUGCAAGUGCUGAUCUGGUGAACUACCUUCUCAUCACUGAGUCCAUUGACACCAUCAUGCACUUUGCUGCUCAGACUCAUGUGGAUAAUUCAUUUGGCAAUUCCUUUGAGUUUACAAAGAACAAUAUAUAUGGUACCCACGUCCUUCUUGAGGCCUGCAAAGUUACUGGUCAGAUCAGAAGAUUUAUUCAUGUCAGUACUGAUGAGGUGUACGGAGAAACUGAUGAGGAUGCUGUGGUCGGUAACCAUGAGGCCUCACAGUUGCUUCCAACAAACCCAUAUUCAGCUACAAAAGCUGGGGCUGAGAUGCUUGUGAUGGCUUAUGGAAGAUCUUAUGGUCUUCCUGUGAUUACAACUCGGGGCAACAAUGUAUACGGGCCAAAUCAAUUCCCUGAGAAGCUCAUUCCCAAAUUUAUUCUUUUGGCAAUGAGAGGUUUGCCCCUUCCAAUUCAUGGUGAUGGCUCAAACGUCAGAAGCUAUCUGUAUUGUGAGGAUGUUGCUGAAGCCUUUGAAGUAGUUCUUCACAAGGGAGAGGUUGGGCAUGUAUACAAUAUUGGUACAGUGAAGGAAAGGAGGGUGAUUGAUGUGGCCAAGGACAUAUGCAUGCUCUUUGGCUUGGACACCGAAAAGGUUAUCAGAUUUGUUGACAACAGGCCUUUCAAUGACCAGAGGUACUUUUUGGAUGAUCAGAAGCUGAAGAAAUUGGGAUGGGCAGAGCGCACGCCGUGGGAAGAGGGGUUGAAGAAAACAAUCGAGUGGUACACCACCAAUCCUGAUUACUGGGGAGAUGUCGCUGGUGCAUUGCUCCCUCACCCAAGGAUGUUGAUGACACCUGGAGUUGAAAGGCAUAACUGGACUGACGAGAUCAAAUCUCUUUCCACUUCACCAUCUGAUGCUAAGGAAUCAAGUGCAGCUCCUGCAGCCACUGCCAACACCAACAGUGCCUCUCAAAAGGCUUCAUACAAGUUCUUGAUAUAUGGUAGGACUGGAUGGAUUGGUGGUCUGCUUGGUAAGAUAUGUGAAAAGCAAGGGAUUCCAUAUGAGUAUGGGAAAGGACGACUCGAAGAGCGCUCACAGCUCUUGCAGGACAUUAGAAAUGUGAAGCCAACUCAUGUUUUCAAUGCUGCCGGUGUCACCGGGAGGCCAAACGUCGACUGGUGCGAGACCCAUAAACAGGAUACAAUCCGCACCAAUGUUGUUGGCACCUUGAACCUUGCUGAUGUUUGUCGCGAGCAGGGCUUGCUCAUGAUUAAUUAUGCAACAGGUUGCAUAUUUGAGUAUGAUGUGAAACACCCUGAAGGAUCUGGAAUUGGUUUCAAAGAGGAAGACAAGCCCAACUUUACCGGUUCAUAUUAUUCCAAAACUAAAGCUAUGGUCGAAGAGCUAUUGCGUGAGUAUGACAACGUCUGUACCCUUCGAGUCAGGAUGCCCAUAUCAUCAGAUCUAAGCAACCCCCGCAACUUCAUUACGAAGAUAGCUCGCUAUGACAAGGUGGUGAACAUCCCCAACAGUAUGACAAUUUUGGAUGAACUUUUGCCCAUCUCCAUUGAGAUGGCAAAGCGGGACUGCAGGGGCAUCUGGAACUUCACCAAUCCGGGGGUUGUCAGCCACAACGAGAUCCUGGAGAUGUACAAGGAACACAUAAACCCCGACUUCAAGUGGACCAACUUUACUCUUGAGGAGCAGGCCAAGGUUAUAGUUGCACCCAGAAGUAACAACGAAAUGGAUGCAUCAAAGUUGAAGUCGGAGUUCCCCGAGCUACUAUCCAUCAAGGAUUCUUUGAUUAAGUAUGUCUUCGAGCCAAACAGGAAGGUUCCUGCUACCUGAAGAUUUACGGGCGCGGGAGUGAAUGGAGAUAGAUUAUAGCAUAUUGCACGGCUGCAGUUGUGACCAAUUCUUUUUGUAGCUUUUGGUGGUCUUGUGUUUUGUUAUCUCUAGGUGCACUAUAUACUGGUGGACAUGUUAUCAGACUAGCUAUGGACAUUUAAGUAUUAACCUAUUUAUCCAUAUUAAUAGCAAUUCGUGUGCACAGUUAUGUGCAUAAUAGUCUUUUUAUCC